CUUCGAUCGUUGUCGCGAACACCUCUGUAAAUUGGUACAGUACAGUAAAGGAGCGUGCAAUGAGGCCAGAACCACCUCAUGAAUGUCCAAAUUUCAAAGGACAUUCAAAACAAUAGAUACAACAGAUAUUAAAUAAUGUCAUCGACAGGCAGACCGAGCUCCAAAAAUGGCUCAAGUGAACUUCCAGGCAGAUUAGAGCCAUCUUCCACUCCAGAGCUCGAUAUCAAGAAGCUCCAAUCCCUCCCAUCAGAGCAACAAGAUUUAUACCUCCUUAAUUUCGUCUCGACGCUCACAAAACAUGUGGAAGGCCUGGAGCCAGACGAUUGUACGGCGCAGCAGCUUUACCUCAAGAAAGAGCUCUUUCAAAUACUCAAUCUUGCAGCUCCCCCUCCUACCAGGGUGAUUCGAAAUAAUUUGGGACGAUGUUUCGCACAUGUACUAGGCAAAGGGGAUAGGAAGCUGCUUUUUGAAACAGUAAAUGAUCUAGUCGGCAUAAUCAGUAAUGGAAAGACGAAGACGGAUGGGGAUUUCAGAACGAAGCAUGCGGCUGUUUAUUGUUUAGGAGAUGUCUUCGCAGCCGCUGGAGACAGCGCGAUUGGGUUACAUUCUUUAGCAUGCAGUGCGUUGCUGAAGCUGUUAAAGUCCGCGCAAAACAAUGCGGGCCUACGAGCCGCGAUAUUCAAGGCUUUGAGUAAGAUUGUGGGAAUGGUUUCGACAAGCAUGGACGACACAAUCGCGAAGGAUAUAUGGAAACAAGCCAGGAGUUAUGCUUCAACUGAAAAGUCCGCAUUGGUACAGAUCGCAGCUUGUAGAUGCUUAAAAAGUCUGUGCAAGUUCACGCAGUAUUACGAUAAUUCCAGCGAUUUUGAAAGUCUGAAGUCAACGAUUUUCAAGACAAUAGAUUCGCCGAGCGCAUUGGUUCGACAGGCUGCCGCAGAGUGUUUCGCAGAGGCGUUGGUGAAAAGCCAUUCGGAGGAGGCUCCGCGAGAUAAUGAUAUACCUAUGAUCAAGAAGAUCAAAAGGACGAAUACCAACAAACGUUCAUCCGUAAUAGCUGGCCAGGGGCUUGAUGAUGAUGAAAUGCCCUCGAGGCCUGGAACCCCCACCGGCAACAAGAAGAGCCAAAUACUCGUUCUUACACUUCAAGAGAUUUUGAAAGUGUUGUCAAAUCAGUAUAUCAAAAUAUCCACAACCAAUAGAGCUCGCGCUGGCAUAGCUGUUUGCUACAGUCGGAUAUUCAAAAGUAUGAGCGAGAGGACUGUCGAAACGAUGUAUAUGCAGAUUGUGGACCAUCUUACCGUGGAACUUUUGAGCCAUGCAAACAUUACUUGUAACAGAUAUCGUUUGUUGAGUACACGGAAAUUUGUGCAAAUCAUCCUAGAAGACGUGGUCGGCCGCUCUAUACUUGGUGAAUCUGGGCAUUUGGACGCUGCAAAGGCGUUGGUCAAUGAUAUUCUGAAAAAUUACCCGCAGGUGAUCAAAGAAAGAGCUGAGCCUUCUAAACAUACACUCAUUGCCACACUCAGCGCAUUGGCGUCGUUGAUUAAAACAUUGGGAUCUGCCGCGAAUGUGAUUGCAGAAGGUUGUAGGGAUGGACUAUUACAAGUUCUUCAACACCCAAGUUAUACGGUUCAAAUCUAUACCUCAUAUUGUUUACGAACUUUCACAUUGGCUUGUCCACAGCAACUAUUACCAUGCCUCACAAUAUGCAUGAACAGUGUCAAUCGAGAAUUGAACUUAUUGAAUACUGGAAGAAACUCACCAAGGAGAUGUGUGGGAUACGCCAAUGGAUUGUCUGCGAUGAUUAGCACAGCAAACUUACAGCCGCUUUAUGGCUCAGUGGAUGUCAACAGUCGCGUGCUUUCUCUCGCAACUAAUCUUCUUAAAUCCAGUAGCAAGUCGGAAUUGCGUGUCUCAAGUACUCAGAUACAGGUAGCAUGGAUACUUAUCGGCGGGUUGAUGUCCUUGGGACCGAAUUUUGUGAAGAUCCACCUGUCCCAACUACUUUUACUAUGGAAAAAUGCGUUACCAAAACCUCUUGCUAAGGACAAUACUUCUCAACGGAGCUUUCUCGAAUCUUCCUUCCUCACUCAUGUUAGAGAGUGUGCACUUGGCUCGAUUUUAUCAUUUUUGCAAUUCAAUAGCCGUCUCCUGACGGCAGAUGUGUCAAAACGAAUUGCUGCGAUGCUUACAAACACUUCAGCAUUCCUGAAAAGUCUCCCAUCCAAAAAAUUGUCGGAUGAUGUUACACAAAGAUUGACUCCAUCAUUACAACUGCAGGAUCUGGACUUGAUGGUUCAGCGUCGUGUUCUUCAAUGCUAUGCGAGGCUAGUUACACUUAGUCCAGUCGGUGGAAGUGAGGCACUGUUACAAUCUAAUCUUCUCACGCUCGCGGUAUCAUUCUUCGCCGACCCUGAAAACUAUAGUCCAAGUUCUUUAUCCUCAUCGAUUGCGAGCUCGGCUGGCAACUUCGAGACAGUGUGGGAUGUUGGGGACAAUUCUGGGUUUGGUGUCACAGGACUCGUUCGAGGCUUCAAUGUGCAAAAGUUGGCCUCUGAACAAGAAAAUGGGUCUCGAGAUGACUGGAUAAAAGAAACCGGAUCGGAUAUUGAUAUAUCAAAUGUAUUGCUAUCGCCAAUAUGCAGUUCGCUUGAGCACGACUCCAUUUCACUGUACUUGGGUGAUAUUGAAAAAGACAAUAGUUUACCAGACCCACCCGCUACAGAGGUCAUAAAUAUAGCCAUUAGGCUAUUCGCAAUUGCUUUCCCGAUUACUCCUCCGAAGAUUCAAGAAAGUAUAUUAGAGCAAAUUGCCACGUUCCUAUCCACGGGCGCGCUUCAACGAGAUCCUGGAAGGAAGGCUGCCAUCAAUGUCAACAUUGCGACCGCCUUAUUUUGCGCAUUGAAGGUGGCCGUGAAAGAGACAUCAUCUCCUCCAGGCGAUCUCACCAAUCCUGCUGUAGAGAAGCUCAUGCAAGAAAUCCUGCGGUCAUUCGUCAUUCAUCAAGAUCAAUAUGUACGGAACAUUGGUUACGAAUCCCUAGCUCGACUUUGUAACAUCUCUGGUAAUACAUACACCAACCAGGAAAUUAAAUACCUUAUUGAUACCAUUGUGAGCAACCGCGAGCCGAGUGCAAGAGCUGGUUGUGCAAUGGCGUUAGGGUGCAUUCAUUCCCAGGUUGGAGGAAUGGCGGCAGGCUUUCAUUUGAAGACUAUAUUAGGGAUAUUGAUGUCCUUGUGCAAUGAUCCGCAUCCGACUGUUCAUAUUUGGGCGCUUGAGUCUCUAUCGCGUGUCGCAGAUUCAGCUGGUUUAACAUUUUCUGGAUAUGUUUCCAGUACACUUGGCAUGCUAUGCCAGUUAUAUGUCUCAGACACACAUAAUGAAGAAAUUUCUUCUUUGGCGACUUCGAAUCUAGAGUUAGAGUUGUCCACAACUGCGGUCAUUGCGCGUUGUAUAGACUCUUUGGUCAAUGUCCUUGGCCCUGAUCUUCAGGAUAUGACUAAAGCGCGGGAUUUAAUACUUACAAUGGUAGGACAAUUUGGCGCAGAAGAUAAUAUUCUAGUCCUUGCAGGAAGCUUGAAAUGCCAGGAGCAUCUGGCCCUUUAUGCUCCAGGUCAUAUGGAAUUCGUAGAUUAUGUUAUUCUUCUUCAAAAAGAUCUCAAGUCCGACGUAUCAUUACUUAGAGAUAUCGCGAUUGAUGGUCUGUACAAUCUCAUGAAGCGCAACUCGGAAGAUGUUGUCAAAGCAGCUGAAACUGGUUUUGAAGAUCAGCUAUGGCUUGCUUUGGAUUCGGACCCUGCUCACGAUGGUAUAAGAAAUGUUAUCCGGAAUUGGUUACAACAGUCAUGUUUGACUGAAACCCCACGAUGGCUGCAAAGAUGCCAAACCGUCCUGUCCAUGACAAGGCCCAAGGUAGAAGAUUCAACGGCCAUAACUUCAAAGGUUAAUGCCCUACCUGAUUUGCAAGACGAAGAAGUCGCAGGUUUUGCGGCUGCUUCUGGCAUGACCAAAGAAACGAGUACCCCCGCUGCUGGUCAAGAACCACUUAGGUGGCAGGUUCGAACAUUUGCCAUGAGCUGUUUGGGAGAGAUCUUCGCAUUGGUUAGCAAGGAUUUAGCAGCUAAUGGCAGCUCAGCUGCUGAAGUUGCUUUGCAAAAGAGGGUAGCCGAUGUUAUUCGAAUGGCGUUUUCUGCUUCUACAUCCAAUGUAGUGGAACUUCGCGUAUGGGGUCUGAAGAUAAUCGAUGCAGUCUUGAAGAUGUUUGGCCAUACGCCAGAUCCCGAUUUUGCCGAAGCUCCACUUCUGGAGCAAUACCAAGCUCAGAUUAGUUCUGCUCUCACACCAGCUUUCGCUGCUGACUCUUCGCCCGAAUUAGCAUCUGAGGCUGUUAACGUCUGUGCCGCCUUUAUUGCAACUGGUAUCGUUACAGAUGUCGAUCGAAUGGGUCGUAUCCUCAAAACUCUGGUUACUGCAUUAGAGAAUUUCUCGACGGAAUCCGAAGUUGCGUCUAUUGGAGAUCUUAAAGGUCUUAGCUCGAAUGCUCAGGUCAUGGUCAAGAUGGCAGUGUUUUCUGCUUGGGCCGAGUUGCAAGUAGCCAGCACAGAACAAAAGUAUCUUGUGGAUGUCCUUAAGCCAUACAUUGGCACCUUAACUCCCUUGUGGCUCGCCUCGCUAAGAGAAUUUGCACGUUUAAGGUUUGAGCCUGACAUCUCGAUGAGCUUAGGUCCUCCAUCUUUGUCCGGGAGUUUGGAUAGUAUUUAUUCUGCAUUGAACCGAGAAACUCUCUUAAGAUUCUAUCAAGAUUCAUGGCUCAAGCUUGUUGAUGCUAUCGCAAGUCUCAUCGAGCAGGACAGUGAAUUUGUUUUCAAUGCGCUUGAUGGGAAGGAAGCCGAUGCCCCUUCAACAAACGGAAAUUCCAAGGGUAAUGAUAUCAACUAUCGAGAUGAACCAGUCGCAUUCUUCUUUGUUUUGUUCGGAAUUGCGUUCGAAGCCCUCGUUGCUAAACCUGGAAGUGAGGCCCUCGCAUCCAAGGGACAAACACUCGAGAUUUUACAGGCUUUGAAGAAGAUUCUGCAUCCUAGUGUAUCCGGUCACGCGAUCUACCGAGAGGCAAUCUUCUCGGAAACUAUGGACCUACUUGAUCGCCUUGUCCUCACUGAAGGGCUUGAUGUUCAAACCGUUAUCGUGCAGAUUGCAAGAAGCUUAUGCAUCUCUCAUCCUUCCGCUACGAAAGCAGACGUUGCCGAGGGUGAAGAUUUGUCGGAAGAUAUUGAGCAGCUGUUUGAAUUGACUAGGAUUAUCGUCUUGGUACUUGCUGGGCUUCUACCAAAUUUGAUUGAAGCACAACAGCCUGCUCGCCAUCAACUGACAGAAGAAGCUAUUACUCUCGUCAGAGUAUCCCUUAAUGCAUUGGUAGAUGCUGCUGAAGUGUUCCCAUCAAUAAUCAAAACAGAUUUGCAUGCUUGCAUCAUUCACAUAUUUGCUACCAUUCUUGGAACAGGAAGUUGCCAAGCUGUGGUGGUUCCUCAAUCGCUCCCGAUAUUCAAACGAUUUAUCACGAGUAUCUCAGCAUCACACAAAACACAAAAUUCUAAAAACAAUACCAGCAUCAUACAAUUACAAGGCUGCCUCAAACGAUUCCUGUCAAUUUACAUGAAUGCCCAAAAGCGAGAAACAGAAGUAUCUUUACCAUGUGUUAAGAAUUCCCUUCUCGCUUCAACGCUAUUGCUUAGUAGUGGGACAAACUAUUUAUCUGCCAGUGUUCCACUUGUCACUCGUUUCCUAGAUGAACUCGUAGAUUGCCUAAGUGAUCGAAUGGUAAGACACUUCUUUCUUCUGAGAUGAAAUCUGCUAACACCAUCACACAGACUGCAAAAGUAGCAGCGAACUGCAUUCGUAGUCUCCUCCUAAUAACGCCAAAGACCCCCGCAGAUCAAAGCAUCGCGCGGUAUCUUUUACCUCGCCUUAUUACCUUUAGCACUAAUACCGCAACUGAAGACCCCGAAAAUGCUCGAGCGCUCACGUUGCAUGCUCUAACAGCAUUUGUGGUUUCAGUCGAAGGCAAACAGAGGGCAGUAGCUAUGUCAGUUAUCGUACCUACAUUAUUGAAACGUGCAAAUGGGGACGGAGAAAAAGUUUGGAAAGAGACCAAUGCCAGACUCCUUGAGAUGGCGGCUGCUGAUCCGACGGCUUUUAGAGCUGUGGUUGGUGGCAUGACACCUGAGCAGAAGGUAUUUAUGGAGGGUGUUUUGGUUAAAGGGAAAGAGGGUGGGAGAGGGAAAACGGAUGAUGCGGAUGACGGAGGAAGGGAACCAACUAUUGCGUUGAGAAUGGAUUUUGGUGGUUAAAUGGAAAUGGGACGGGAAUGAAGCAAAAAGGAUAGGACAGGAAAAAUAAAAUGUGGGGUGGAGGAUGAACUAUAUGUUAUGAUGAUCAUGGUACGUGGAAAUAUCAUUUGAAUGAUUUAUGGGUGGUUAUAGAUAUCAGUAAUAAGCGGAGUUAUCAUUCUGCGGUUUCGUAAAGGGAAGUUGGA